AUGUCGUGCAAAGAGUUUCCGUCUCGUCAUCUGAAGAUGCAGAAGACUCCGAAGAAUCCUGUCAAAGAUCCAAUCGAUAAAUUAGAGAAUAUAGACUGUAGAAUCAAUUGCAUAGAUACGACAUACCUGAGAUACGGCCUCACAGCUUUAGCUGAAAACCUGGGAGGACAUCACCGCCGUCCACAAAGAUUGCAUUAUUGUUUUCAUCGUACCAGCUCUGCUCGCGCCGGCGUACAAUACAUCCCGAUCUUUUCUGAACUUGUAGAAUCUUUUGUUCGCAGGAUCGACCAGCCAUCCCAAUUGCACCCCCGCGAGGAAGUACACAUACUUGAAUUUUUCACUGUUAUUUAUCCAAUUGCAAUAUGUUUCCUUGGGAGUAAAGGCGCUCUGAUCGUUCUCCCGCCAGUCGUAGGAAACACCCUUGCAGAUCUUGGCAUCUUUAAUCCGCCACUGUUGGAGUUCGGCGAGGAAUGUGAAAAACAGUGGCGGUAA